UUUUCAGUUGACAAUGUACUCCGUGUUAUGUCCUCGGCCGAACGAGAUUGAGUUUGUGAGUUACAUAACCCGGGGUCAGCCUCCGUUAUUUGUUGACUUGGAGGAACUUGUGUUGGGUGAGGAUGAGCAACCAACACAGGAUGCUUUGCGAAGCCAGGCCAAAAAGCUUGCCUCCACAUUGGAAGAACGAGCAGAGGCAGCCCGAAUAUUUAAAGACUCUACACCACCUCCACCGUCUCCUCCACGUGCACCGCCUGCAGUUUCAGAUGGGUCUGGUGUUGACCCAUCUGCAGCUUCAGUUCCUGAUGGGUCUGGUGUUGAUCCACUUGCAGCGUCACAGGGUCCUCCUGUUCCCCCGUCAGCUUCUAUUCCUAGCACCUCGGAGGCUCGCGAUCCAGUAUACCCUGCCAUUUCGGCAAGGUUGGAGACUGUGGAGAGGGGGCAGGCCGCUCUGCUAAGAGGACAAACAACGAUUAUGGGUCAGUUGAAUACCAUAAUGACGCUCCUGCAAGAUCGUGGAAGGCCGGCAGCAGAUUCACAGCCACAGCCACAGCCACAGCCACAGCCACAACCGGAAGAGGAGGCUCGGACACCGGAAGAUGACUUCAUUCUCCCAAAUGAUUACCAACCAAAUGAUGAUGACAUGUUUUGUACACCUGAGAAGACGAAUAUCACCAGCAUCGGGGAUACUCAGGAUUCUGAGGUGCAGGUGUUAGAGACAGCUCCAGAAGUCAUGGAGAACCGGAGGAAGAGAAGGUGGCCUAGGUGGUUCGCUGAGUACACUGAAAUGAAGAAGAAGGCUAGGGCUACUUCGACACUCGUGAAUGCGGACCCACUUAGAGUGGUUGAUCAGAAGCUGCUCAAGACUUUUCACAAUUGGGUACUCGGCCAGAUUGGGAACAAUUACCCGAGAGAGUGCUUCACCGGUCGAUACCAUUCGUCUUGGUUCCUCGAACUGCAUACUCCGAAGUUUUGGCUUGGGAACGAUGUAAGUUCUUAAGACUUUUUUACUGCUUUUGCUUUUAAAGACUUUAUCUAACUCUUUUUUAUUUAAUCUCUGACAUAUUUAAUUUCAUGUUUUAGCAUUUGGAUGCGGCAUUCCAUUUGAUGAGGAGGCGGCAACACUUUUAUCCCGAGUCCUACCCGAAUAGAUGUGUCAUAAUGUCGUGUAUUUUUCCAGCAAGAGUUAUUGCUCGGUGGGAAGCUGCGGGUGAUGAGCAGGCUAACUAUCAGUGGGACGAGAGCAUAUUAGAUUUGAUUCGAGGGGAUGAAAGUCAAUUCUUGGCCAGUUGGAAGAACAAGGAGAGAAUAUAUAUGGCCCUCUACUUCGAUGGAGCAAAGCAUUGGGUGGCACUAGAGGUAGAUCUGGAUCAUUGGUUGUUGAACAUAUUUGACUCCAGCCUCGGAUCGAUUUCCCCGAACGAAUUGAACCGUCACCUGGCAAUGUGGGAAAAAUUACUACCAAAUUUGCUGCUGCAGGCUGGCCUAUUCGAGAGUCAUGACAUGAUCCUCGUGCUUCAACUUACCGCCUCAGAGAGCCAGGUCAGAAAUUUCACUUCAAAAGUCAUGGAUCGGGUCGUUGUUCCACAGACAAAGACAAGCGGUAACUGCGGGAUGUACGUGAUAGAGCACAUCGAGCAUAGUAUGCUGGAGACUACGUUUGAUAAUGUGCACGAUGAGAAUAUGAAGAAAUUUAGAGAGUGGUGGUGUGUAGAUUUGUUUUACCAGAAUUUAGCAUGAACAAAUGUGUUUUUUAUUUGGAAUUUAUUAAGAUAACAAUGUAACUGGUUUUUUUUAUUGGUA